UGAGUGAAACUACCUCGUGUCCAUUAGGCUACAUGUGAACUAAGUUGUUUAGAUGCAGUAGACUACGCUAACUGCUGUAACCUGAUCUCACUUUUUUACUCACUUUCUUGAAGAAAGGGAUUUUAGCUUGACCUGAAACUGCGCAAACCUCUUAAUUUCUUUGGCUGGAGAUGUCCGGUACAACAGAUAAACGACGAUAGGAAAGAAUAAUAUUGAGGAUAAAAUAUUCAAUAUGGAGUCAGGAGCAAAGGGACCGUGUCCAGACAUGGGACAGAAUGUCCCAGAAGAAGAGCUGAGACUGAUCCUGAUUGGAAAGGUGGGAUCUGGGAAGAGCGCCUCAGGGAACACCAUCCUGGGCCAGAGUCACUUCCUGUCUAAGUUAAGCGGAAGCUCUGUUACCAAGGUCUGCCGGCUGGGGACCAAGAACCAUGUCUACUCUGUGAAGGAGAAGGCGGGGAAAAGGAAGAAGGUGGUGGUGGUGGACGUGCCAGGUUUUGGAGACACACACCUGACCAAGGAGCAGAUCAUCACGGAGGUCAGCCAAUGCUUGGCCCUGAUGGCCCCCGGCCCACACGCCUUCCUCCGGGUGGUCCAGGUGGGACGCUUCACAGAGGUGGAGAACCUGGCCGUCAAUAUGAUAGCUGAGGUAUUUGGUGAAGCGGCGCUCCGCAAACACACAGUGGUGCUGUUCACCAGGGGAGAUAACCUGGAGGAGCCGAUGGAGCAGUACCUGGCCUUCGCACCUGAUAGGCUCGAGGCUUUGAUUCGCAGGUGUGGAGGCAGGUACCACGUAUUCAACAACCGUAAAAUAGAUGUGAAUCAAGUUGAUGAGCUACUGAGUAAGGUGGAGAAGGUUAUGGAGGACAACGGUGGAACGUAUUACACCAAAUCCAAGGAAAAGAGCAUGUGCACAGGUUUCGUCCGAGAAGUUACCCUCCCCAGCAUGUGUCUAGCAGAAAUCGACGACGGUACUCUCCGGACGGAGUCCCAGCCGAAUAGAGAGGGACCGGUCCAUGAUGCUCUCGUCGGCCCCUGA